AUGGCCGAUGAAGUGAAUUACCACCACCACGAGACCAAGGCUGAUGAGGUCACUCCCAAGGCGGAGGAGUACGCUCCGGCGCAGGUGGAGGCCAGCGACCGCGGCCUUUUUGGCUUCGGGGGGAAGAAAGAGGAGGAGAAGAAGUGCGAUCAGGAGGAGGCGAUCGCGGCCGAGUUCGAACAAAAAGUCGAGGUCUGUGGAGGAGAAGGAGAGAAGAAAGAGGAGGAGAAAAAGCACGAGGGCUUGCUCCAGAAGCUUCACCGGAGCAGUAGCUCCAGCAGCUCUUCGAGCGACGAGGAAGAAGUGGAUGAAAAUGGGGAAAAGAAGAAGAAAAAGAAGGGUUUGAAGGAAAAGGUGAAGGAGAAAAUAUCUGGAGAAAAGAAGGAAGAGGAGAAGUCUGAGGACACGGCUGUGCCGGUGGAGAAGUUCGAUGAUGCCGAGGAGAAAAAGGGAUUUCUUGAUAAGAUCAAGGAGAAGCUUCCCGGCGGCGGCAAGAAGACAGAGGAGGUGGCGGCUCCGCCGCCAGCCGAGGAGUGUGCGGCCGUGCCGGAGGCGGAGGAGAAGGAGAAGAAAGGGUUCUUGGACAAGAUCAAGGAGAAGCUCCCCGGGUACCACUCCAAGAGUGAUGAGGAAAAGGAAAAAGAAAAGGAGAAGGAAAAAGAGUGCCACUAA